AUGGAAAACCAAACAACCGUAUAUGUUUUGGUUCUCACUGGUCUGUCUGAUGUUCCAAGUCUUCAACUCCCUCUGUUCCUGGUGUUUCUCCUCAUCUACCUUAUGACUCUAACUAUGAACCUUCUCAUCCUUCUCCUGAUCUUCACUGAUUCCCAUCUUCACACCCCCAUGUACUUCUUCCUUGGAACCCUGGCAUGUCUGGAUAUGAGCUACUCCUCAGUCACUGCCCCAAGAAUGCUCUUUGAUUUACUCACAGGUAGAAGGGUCAUUUCUGUGCAAGACUGUAUAACUCAGAUCUACUUCUUCCUUUUUUUCAUUGCAUCAGAGCUUAUAGUGCUGGCAGUGAUGUCCUGUGACAGAUACAUUGCUAUCUGCCGCCCUCUUCACUACAUGCAGAUAAUGACCUGGAAAGUUUGUGUUCAGCUUGUAUUAAUCACAUUGGUUUUUGGUGCAGUAUAUUCCCUGACGCACACUCUAUUAUUAACUAAAUUGACCUUUUGCAGCUUGAAUACUUUGCAAAGUUUCUUUUGUGACCUGCCCCAGUUGCUUCAGAUCUCCUGUAGUGAAACGUUCAUCAAUGUAUUGAUUAUAUUAGUUUCUGGGAUAUUGGCAUUAAUGGAACAAAUGAAGGAUUUUGGAGGGCGAUGUAGCCUUAAAUUGUUAAGACUAUGGAGAAGGCCAGAAAGGGGCCCCAGUCAAGAGUCAGGGGCCAUAAAUUGA